AUGGUUUCUCAAGCUCAGGUGAUGGAUCGGUCUGUGACGAUGCAGAGUGCUCCCUCUUCUGUGUCGCGUCACUCCCACAACGGUCGCCGUCAUCGUUCCAGUCGCUCCCAUCAUGGAGGGCUUUCGCAUCAGCCGCAAAACGAUUUCCCUAUCUUCACUCAUACCGGCGAUGUCGAGAUUGUGAUACGCGCUGGCAGACAAGAGCGGCGCUAUCUUCUUCAUCGAUUGAUUUUGGCGCAAUGUUCGGGGUUUUUCGAGGCGAGCACAAGCGAGGAGUGGUCGCGGCAUGGCACAUCGCGACCCCACCAUAUCGACCCAGGGGUUCUGUCGCGCAUUAGCGAGGACAAUUCUUCGCUGUCCAACGGCUCGACUCUUGUGCCGUCGGAAAGCGGAGGAUCGUCAUUGCAUCCCGAAAAGAGGAGAUGGAGAUAUGAGCUGGACUGGGAGAAUAAAGCGGAGGAUGAGGAGCCGAUCCUGGUUCAGAAGCCAACAUUUUCCAACGGCUUUGGAAGCGAUGCCGUUCAUCUCCCCCCGUCGAUGACCAAACCCUCGGGCGCACAGACUGGAUUCAUCCGUUCAAUGGCGAAUCUUGCGGGGAUGCAAUCCGUGGUCAACCUUCCCCAUACUACAAAUGCAAAUGCGGAGGUGGAUCCCAUCAUUCGCGACUAUGAUAACCUCCUCCGCUUGUUCUACAAUUACCCUCCUGUGCUUAACAGCGUCAACAUUGCGACUGCGUAUGCCGAAUGCCGGUCUCUGCUCGCGCUUGCCGACAUGUACGAUGCGCUUGCCGUCACCGGGCCUCGAGUGGACCACCAUCUCCUCGGAUUCGGAUCUCGGCUGUUCAAGCAGAUCGCCAAAUAUCCCCCGAGCUACCUUAAGCUGGGAUACCUGGCCCGUAGCCGGGUGAUUUUCUCCGAAGCGCUCAUCCACGUGGUGGGUCAAUGGCCGGCAGGACUUCCUCACCUACGAAACGGCUCAUACUCCCCGCUUCCCAACUCCGUGCUUGACCUCAUCGAAGACAAGGUCGAGGAUCUUGAGGACCUGAAGGCGCGCGUGGACUCGAAACUCCUGCGCCUAACGCUGACAACCUCCCGCGGAGAGCGCGUCUCCCCCACAAACGCCUACCUAGACUGGCUGGCCGUCUCUCUAUUCCGCCAGUGGUUUGUGGACAACACCACGCCCCCGCCCGCCCCGAUCCUCAAGAAUCCCUCAACGACCCUUCUCCGCGGCACAAGCCCCAGCGCCACGAACCACACCAGCCGUCCCUCGCAGAGCAGCCAUCGGCCUCAGCACUCUUCAUCCGCAAACCCAAGACCGCCUCCAACGUCGCCCUCUCUGUCCCCAGCACAGGUAUACCGAUUGAUCGGCUCCCCCUCCACCCAAGCCUACCUCGCGCACGACGAGCUCAAGAAAUUCCUCAAACUCCACCCCACCUCUUCCGCCGACUCGCUCUACACCCGCGACGUCCUCAAACGGUUCGAGCGUAAGAUGGAUGAGAUCAAGCGGCUCGCCCGCGAAAUUGUCAAACCGCUCCUGCGCAACUUCCUCGAACUAGACCUGAAGGGCCCCGAGGGUGGCGCGGGCGACACAGUCCUCCCCAUGCUCCCGUAUCUGACCUGCACUAAGGUCGAGGACGAUGAUAUCCCCUGGGACUGA